AUGGAGCCUAAAAACUCCAAGAAUAAGGAGAAAACAACUGAAUUAUCCAAAAUCAUAAUUCAGCAAAAAGCUGACUAUGAAGCGCUGGGACAACAAGUCAAAUCCCUCGAGGAGAAAAUGAAAAAUUUGGAAGAUACUAUAUACGAUAAAGACAGGCGAAUUGAGUACUUAAUGAUCGAAAAUAAAACACUGGAUGACGAAAACGACACAUUGGUAGAAGAAUUAAGAAAGAAGCUAACCGAAAUAGAUGAGUUAAAAACUCAAAUAGCACCAAUCGAAGACUGCCCUAUGGAAGGAGACUUCACGGAAAUACCAACCAAAAUAGGAAAACCGGGACCGAAAGCAACAGGCAUGGAGCCUAAAAACUCCAAGAAUAAGGAGAAAACAACUGAAUUAUCCAAAAUCAUAAUUCAGCAAAAAGCUGACUAUGAAGCGCUGGGACAACAAGUCAAAUCCCUCGAGGAGAAAAUGAAAAAUUUGGAAGAUACUAUAUACGAUAAAGACAGGCGAAUUGAGUACUUGAUGAUCGAAAAUAAAACACUGGAUGACGAAAACGACACAUUGGUAGAAGAAUUAAGAAAGAAGCUAACCGAAAUAGAUGAGUUGAAAACUCAAAUAGCACCAAUCGAAGACUGCCCUAUGGAAGGAGACUUCACGGAACAAAUGCGCAAACGUAGAAAGGCGGAGCCUAUUAGAAUUACGUACGUUGAUAUAAAAGAGAUGGACAUAAGUGCUGUUAACUGGGGAGUAACUGGAGCAGUAAGUGUUGACGAAUACCAAACCAAAAUAGGAAAACCGGGACCGAGAGCAACAGGCAUGGAGCCUAAAAACUCCAAGAAUAAGGAGAAAACAACUGAAUUAUCCAGAAUCAUAAUUCAGCAAAAAGCUGAUUAUGAAGCGCUGGUUGAGAAGAUGGGACAGCAAAUUAAAUCCCUCGAAGAGAGAAUGAGGAAUUAUGAACAAACGUUAAUUGCUAAAGACAAGCAAAUUAAGUCCUUAGAGGACAUUAUUAAAGAAAACAAUGCCGAUAACUACAAAUUGGCAGACACAAUUGUAGAAUUGAGAGAUGAGAUAAAAACUCAUGAGAAAAAAAUACAAGAACGUAACUUUAGAUACCAAACCAAAAUAGGAAAACCGGGACCUAGAGCAACAGGCAUGGAGCCUAAAAACUCCAAGAAUAAGGAGAAAACAACUGAAUUAUCCAGAAUCAUAAUUCAGCAAAAAGCUGAUUAUGAAGCGCUGGUUGAGAAGAUGGGACAGCAAAUUAAAUCCCUCGAAGAGAGAAUGAGGAAUUAUGAACAAACGUUAAUUGCUAAAGACAAGCAAAUUAAGUCCUUAGAGGACAUUAUUAAAGAAAACAAUGCCGAUAACUACAAAUUGGCAGACACAAUUGUAGAAUUGAGAGAUGAGAUAAAAACUCAUGAGAAAAAAAUACAAGAACGUACACAAAUCGAAGACUGCCCUAUGGAAGGAGACUUCACGGAACAAAUGCGCAAACGUAGAAGGGCGGAGCCUAUUAGAAUUACGUACGUUGAUAUAAAAGAGAUGGACAUAAGUGCUGUUAACUGGGUGAUUCAGUAG